CUAACAAUUUGCGCACAAAAUAGGAUAUUUUCCCAAAGCAUCUCACCAAAACAUUGCCUUUCUCACCCAUGGGGAGAAAAAUAGGGCAAAAUCGGAAAACAGCCACGCAAAUAUCUUCCUAGUUUCGACAUAAAUCUAACCGGUGAUCGACUUCUUUCCCUGGUCAUCUGCUGGCUGUGCCUCAUCUUCUUCAGCUUGCUAAUUCUCUUCGAGGUCUUUCAUGGGUUGAAAUCCCUGGUUAGAAUUUGACGAGGCGGAAGCUCUAUAUGGAGUGGGACAGCGAUCUAGAGGAUCCUAGCAGCGCUGAGGACGAGGCAGAGGAAGAGGUUGUGGGGGCUACGUUUCUACUGAACGGAGGCGGCGGGCUGUUUUCAGCCGCAGUCGAGAGCGCGCUCGGGUCGGCGCCGCCGUCGUACGGGUUGGUGGUGUCAGACGCGCUUGAGCCCGAUCACCCGAUAAUCUACGUCAACGAAGGAUUCGAGAGGGCAACGGGCUACCUCGCUGAGGAGGUCCUCGGCAGGAACUGUCGGUUCCUACAAUGCAGGGGGCCGUUUGCUCAAAGGAGGCAUCCGUUAGUGGACUCUAGAGUGGUAUCUGAAAUUAGGAGUUGCCUGGAAAAUGGCUCUGUUUUCCAGGGUAAUCUAUUGAAUUUUAAGAAGGAUGGGUCUCCAUUAAUGAACAGGCUACAGCUAACACCAAUUUAUGAGGAUAAUGAAACAACACAUUUUCUUGGCAUUCAAUUCUUCACGGAAGCCAAUGUUGAUUUGGGUCCUUUGCCUGGCAUUUUAACGAAAGAAAGCUUGAGGCCUAGCAGUCGCUCUACACUUGAUAAUUCAAUCUAUCGUCCUAUUGCAACUGUGCAUGGGAACAAAUGCCGUGAAUUUUAUGGUAUGCUUCAGCUGAGUGAUGAGGUUUUAUGCCAAAGCAUUCUUUCAAGGUUGUCCCCAAGAGAUAUUGCCUCUGUUGGUUCUGUUUGCAAAAGGCUAUAUUUUCUUUCUAAGGAUGAGAAUCUUUGGAGAAUGGUUUGUCAGAAUGCAUGGGGAAGUGAAACAACUCGUGCAUUGGAAACUGUGCCCGGAGCGAAAAGAUUAGGAUGGGGAAGGCUGGCACGGGAGCUAACCACCCUCGAAGCCGUGGCAUGGAGAAGAUUAACAGUUGGUGGCGCCGUAGAGCCAUCUCGAUGCAACUUCAGUGCCUGUGCCGUUGGAAAUAGAGUUGUUCUUUUUGGCGGGGAAGGCGUGAACAUGCAACCAAUGAAUGACACCUUUGUACUAGAUCUGAACUCCAGCAAUCCAGAGUGGAGACAAGUCAAAGUAAGCUCACCACCACCUGGACGAUGGGGCCAUACUCUGUCUUGCCUAAAUGGGUCUUGGUUGGUAGUAUUUGGUGGCUGUGGAAGACAAGGCCUGCUUAACGAUGUGUUCAUAUUAGACUUGGAUGCGAAGCAUCCUGCAUGGCGUGAGAUCCUUGGACUUGCUCCUCCGCUUCCAAGGUCUUGGCACAGCUCAUGCACUCUCGAUGGAACAAAGCUGGUUGUUUCUGGUGGAUGUGCAGACUCCGGUGUGCUUCUCAGUGAUACAUUCUUACUGGACCUCAUGGUGGAGAAACCUGUGUGGAGGGAGAUACCUGUUUCAUGGUCGCCGCCUUCGAGACUGGGCCACAGUCUUUCUGUCUAUGGUAGUGGCAAGAUAUUGAUGUUUGGAGGUCUUGCUAAGAGUGGGCCGCUGAGGCUGCGCUCUAGUGAUGUCUUCACUAUAGAUCUAAGUGAAGAUGAACCUCGGUGGAGGUAUAUAACUGGUAGUGGAAUGCCAGGCGCUGGUAAUCCUGCUGGGAUCGGUCCACCUCCUCGGCUUGAUCAUGUUGCGGUGAGCCUACCCGGCGGACGAAUUCUGAUCUUCGGCGGUUCUGUUGCUGGUCUGCAUUCAGCUUCCCAAUUAUAUCUUCUGGACCCAACAGAGGAGAAACCAACUUGGAGGAUACUGAAUGUGCCUGGUAGACCCCCUCGAUUUGCUUGGGGACAUAGUACCUGUGUUGUUGGAGGAACACGAGCUAUAGUGCUCGGUGGCCAAACAGGAGAGGAAUGGAUGCUAAGCGAAUUGCAUGAACUUACUCUGGCAAAUUCCUACUUGUGAUGUGAUUGCCAGCUGACCUGAAUAUUUUUACGAAAGAAACCCAUACCCCCACUUUGCAUGGUUCGGAAUAUUGGGUGAUCGGUCUAACUGUUGGUUGAAACAGUUGAAAAAUAUGUUUAGCCAAGUUAGAUGGGGUCGAGUCUUCUUUAAAAGGUUCACUUAGUUCAUGAUCUUCUUGUUUAUUUGAUGGCUUCUAUGCAUCUCUUGCAGCAUAUUACAACUGAUGCUUAUUAUGUAUCGGGCUUCAUUAAAGCUUGGGUGGGGUUUUUUUUUUUGUUUUUUUUUUUGCUUUUUAAGCUGAAGCACCGAUGCUGUUGAUCUGUUUAUUAUUGUAUAAACUCUUACCAAGAAAGUUGCUUGUUUGGCAUAUGAUAGUUGCAAUCAUCUCCUUUCAUUCAUGAAUUAUUCUUUGCGGACGUCAAAAGCCGUACAGAGCCCAAUGAAAAUGCGCCAUAUCACCCCUAUUCGGUACUACGGCUUGGUACCGAGCUUGGUACUGAGCUCGGUACUAAAUGGCGUGGCUGCACCUGUUUGGCCUCUGGACGAUAAGCUGUGUCUGGUGUCUGUAGAGAAUAAUUUCUCCUGAAAUUGUGUAUCUAUUGCAGACUAUACGUCAUCCUAUGUUUUUGUAUGUAAAUAUCCCUGAAUUUUUAUGCAUUAUGUGUGCAAAAGACUAGUUUCCUACAGUAUUUCUCAACA